CCAUGAUGUCUUUCAAAUCUCUUGUCGCUACUCUCCCGCUACUAUUCAACCAAGCUACGGCGAUCCCGGCGGGACCUAAAGCUCCCAACAAUGAGACGUCUCCCGUGGACUUGCACUUGAAUGCUGCUGCAUUUAGUUUGAUCGAUUCAUACGAUGCUAGCAACUGGCUCAGUAAAUUCGACGUCCAAAGGAUCGCCGACCCAACUCAUGGCUUCGUAAACUAUGUCGACCAAGGCACAGCAACAUCGCAAGGCCUCAUCCGAACGCAAAACAACCAAGUCUACAUGGGCGUCGACACCUCGACGGUCCUGAACCCCAGCGGCGUAGGAAGAAACAGCGUGCGCAUCCAAAGCAAAACAGCAUACCAACACGCCCUCGUCAUUGCGGAUUUCGCACACGUUCCGGGAAGUGUUUGUGGGUCCUGGCCUGCGUUCUGGAUGGUCGGUCCCAACUGGCCCAACCAAGGCGAAAUAGACAUCCUCGAAGGCGUAAACCUAAACACAAAUAACCAAAUGACGCUCCACACCUCCCCAGGCUGCACCCCUUCCGUCGGCGCCGCAGGCCAAUCCGGCCGUCGCAUCGGCAACGCAGACUGCGGUGCGGGCGGCGGCUUCACGGGCUGUGGCGUCGAGUCCCCUUCCUCCACCUCGUACGGGACCGGAUUCAACCAGAACGGCGGGGGCGUGUUCGUCGCGCUGUGGGAGAGCGGCGGGAUCCGCAUGUGGCAGUUUGCCGCGAGAGACGUGCCGCAGAAUAUCAGGGAUGGGAGGCCCGAUCCGAGUAGCUGGGGUACGCCGACGGCGAAUUUCGCGGGGUGCGAUUUCGAUGCGAAGUUUAGGAAUUUGAACUUGAUCUUCGACAUCACGUUCUGCGGAGACUGGGCUGGUGCUACAUACCCUUCCUCCUCCUGCCCGCAGCAAUACACCUGCAAUGCCUACGUUGCCUCGCAGCCCCAGGCAUUCACCGAGUCGUACUGGCUCAUCAACUCUGUCAAAGUCUACAGCGGUUGAUUUCUUCUCACUUACCGCUCACGGCCUCUUCUCUCCUUCUCUUUUCACUUUUCUCAUUUCCAAU